UGCAAAUUGCAUGCUGGUGGUGUUCGCCAAUUUCAGAAUUCAAAGGACAAGUCUUCAACAGCUAAUCUGAAGCAUUACACCAUUCGUUGCUUUGGUGAAGAUUCCAUCAAUGCUGCCAUCAGUGGUAAGGCAGCCUCUGAACGCAAUGGCUCAGUUUUUGCCCUCUUUGCACGAAACGGCAAACAGCUAGUCAAGUAUUUGCAUCAUGUUCACACUAACCCAGAAUUAUGGUAUGUUCUUCUUUUCACUGGCCGACCAAAUGUUACCCUUCCUUCCAACCAAACCAUCUCUCGUGACAUCAACAUAUCUUUUGAAAAGUGCCGGGUGCGCAUUGCAAAGUUGCUUCAAGAGCACCCUGGUCGCAUUCAUUUUGGAACAGAUGCCUGGACAGCUACCAAUCAUCACGCAUUUGUGGCAUGGACUGCUCAUAUUGAGUAUGAAGGUAUCAUGCUCGCAUUUCUACUUGAUAUAGUUGAGAUUCCUGAAGUGAGUCAAUAA